AUGCGACCCCUCCUCCGCUCAGCUGCCCCGGCACCCUCCGCCAGCCGCCUGCUCCCCCGCCGUCCAUUCUCCUCUUCGGCUUGCAGAUCUGCUCUUCCCCCUCCCCCGCCUCCGGCCGCAUACGCCCCCCUCCCUUCCCGACGCCUCAUCUCCGUCUCGGGCCCCGACACGGCCAAGUUCCUACAAGGCGUCAUCACCGCCAACAUCAACGCACCGGGGCCCCUCUAUGCUGCCUUUCUCACCGCCACCGGCCGCAUCCUCAACGACGUCUUCAUCUACCCCGACACCCUUGCCAUUGGCGCCGGCGCCCCCGAAACGAGCUUCCUCAUCGAGGCUGACGCCGACCAGGCCCCCGUCCUCGCAAAGCACAUUCGCCGCUACAAGCUGCGUGCCAAGUUCGAUGUGCGCCUCCUCGACGACUCGGACGCCCGCGUGUGGCACCUCUGGAACGACGCGGCGCCUGACCCGCCAGCGCAGUCCACCGCCGCGGGGGACCUGAUGCCCGACCGCCGCGCCCCGGGCAUGGGCUACCGCCUCGUGCGCAAGGGGGACGCCGCGCCGGCACUGGAUCUCGAGCAGGUCGACGAGCAGGCGUAUACGCUGCGGCGGUACCUGCGCGGCGUAGCCGAGGGCCAGGGCGAGAUGCUGCGGGAGCAUGCGCUGCCGCAGGAGAGCAACCUCGACUACAUGGGCGGCAUCGAAUACCACAAGGGCUGCUAUGUCGGCCAAGAGCUGACCAUCCGGACGAAGCACCGGGGUGUCGUGCGCAAGAGGAUUCUGCCGUGCGUCUUGUACAACGAGGGGGAUGCCAUGCCAACCGAGCUUGCAUACCGGGACGAGGGCGUGGACGCUGGUGUCAUACCGUGUGAGGCCAAGAUUGAGUCUUGCAGCAAGAGGGCCAGGAAUCCGGGCAAGUGGCUCAGCGGCAUCGGCAAUCUUGGCCUGGCGCUGUGUCGACUCGAGACGCUGACGGAUCUAGCGGGGCCGUUGCCGACUUCUUCCUAUCAGCCGACGGACGAGUUCAAGGUCGAGUGGACGGCAGGCGAUGCGACAAACAGCCUCAAGGUUAAGGCCUUUGUGCCAGACUGGCUGAGGCAAUCUCUUGAAGCAGUGCCGCCACGAAACGCGACCUAA